UUCAUUGGUAUUACUGCCCACAAGUGUCAAACUUGUCAAACUUUCUAUUUUUGUGUUUCUGUUUAUUCAAGUCAAAAAAGAAGUCCAGAAGAGGAAUUAUUGAUAAAAUACCUUUUUUUAAAGGUAAUUAUUUAGCGAUUAUUUAAUAAAUAUGGCUUCAGCUGGAGAACCACUGACGUUAGCACGAGAUAUCAAAAGAUCCAUUGAACUUCUUGACAAACUUCAAAAAGGUGGUGAAGUGCCUGCUACAAAAUUAGCAGCAUUACAAAAAGUACUUCAAAGCGAUUUUCUUAAUGCAGUUCGUGAGGUUUACGAACAUGUUUAUGAAACAGUCGACAUCCAGGGAUCUCAAGAUGUAAGAGCAUCAGCCACUGCAAAAGCGACUGUCGCAGCUUUUGCGGCAAGUGAAGGUCAUGCUCAUCCGCGCGUUGUAGAAUUGCCGAAAACGGAAGAGGGUCUUGGAUUCAAUGUGAUGGGCGGAAAAGAACAAAAUUCACCAAUUUACAUCUCGAGAAUUAUUCCAGGCGGCGUGGCCGAUCGACAUGGUGGAUUAAAACGAGGAGAUCAAUUACUCUCCGUCAAUGGAGUCUGCGUCGAGGGUGAAAAUCACGAAAAAGCAGUAGAACUUUUGAAGCAGGCCCAAAAUUCAGUGAAAUUGGUGGUUCGCUAUACUCCGCGAGUUUUAGAGGAAAUGGAACUUCGCUUCGACAAACAAAGAGCUGCACGCAGACGCCAACACAUGCAGUAAGCUUUAGGUGCUUUUUUUCUACUAGUUCGUUAUAAACAGAAAAUAAAAUAAUAAUUCACUGCAUUUACAAUAGUGGCAAUCGUUUCAAAAUCCAACAAUUGCAUAAUAAUUAUUUACCAUUUAAGUUAUCAUGUACUGCAAUAAUAAAUCAUUUACAACCAACUA